CGAUUUUCGACAUAUAGAGUACCAUGAAUGCGCUUGCGUCUUGCAGUCCCGUGCACACACGUCUCUGACAUGGAAGCCACAAUGCAGCUGACGUCUCCCAUCGAUUGACAAAACACCGACGUGAUGCACACAUCGACGAAAGGGAAAACACCCAUGCAGUCAGUCAGUCAGUCAGUCAGUCACUGUGUGUGUAUUGGUGGAAGAGUGAAAACGAAAGGUAGCGAGGCGUGGAGACAUGGUGGGCUGGUGGGCUAUGUAGUUCUCGUGCAGACGAAGGUAAAAAGGUGUCUCUACCUGCAGUCGGUUCCCAUUGUCAUGCAUCCUCUCUAGUGUGCGCAUCUCUCUCUCGUAUGCCAUUGCCAUGUAUACGAGAGGGACGGACGCACCACAAAGCAUGCCUGUGUGUCUCUAGAUGAGUCCAGCACGCCCCCACUUGGCCUUCGUGCUGCGUUUCUUCGUCUCCUUACGCGCCGCUUUGACCAUCCAGGGCAGGCCCUUCGUUGGGAACAUAACCCGGUGCUUUACCCAGCCCUCGUCCUCCUCGGUCUCCUCGUCCUCGGCGUGUCGCUCGGGGGCGGCGUCCGUGCGGUUCUCCUCAGCCGGCGGGAUGCGCGUAGACCGGAAGACGCCCCCGGCGCCUCCGGACGCGCCUGUCCCCAUCCCAGCGUCGCAGUCAGCUCCCAUCGACAUGAACUCGGCCUCACUGUGAUCCUUGGCCUCAACAAACUGAAUAACAGCAUCACAGCAUCACAAACAUGUUGCAUGGCAUUGCAUGCAAUGCGUUUCUAUCACAGCUCAUUGCAGAUGGAGUGGAUAGCACUACAUGAGUCACAUAUGUGUGCAUUAGGGUGCUGUGCUGCAUUUGUGACUCACCUCGGUGGGUUGUCCGUACGUGGACGUCGGCGUCCUGAUGUUCUCAGGUACUCUCCAAGUGCUCUCUGCCUUCUGGCGAACGCCCGCAGCCUGAAGUGUGCUCCUCUGAGCCCACGAAAACCGACAGCAGCGAGAGAGCACCGGCGUAGACUGAUCGAGA